UAGGGAGAGACCUGUGAUGAGGUUCCAGCUCCGGGUGGCACUCUACAUCGCUGCUUCUCUGGGCCGCCUGGACCUGGCCGGCUGGCUGCUGGAGAGGGGGGUGCGUGUCAUUGAGCCGGUGGGGGUUCACCCUUACCGUGAGUGGUGCCACCUUACGGCCCACCGCGACGUCGCCAAGUGUCCCGCUGUCGCCUCCAUCGAGCGCGGCCAGCUCACCAUCCUCAAACUCUUUAUCGCCAGCAGCGUUCUGACCCUUGCCCGUCGUGACCCCCUGAGGAUCGCCCUUCAGUACGGCCACAGGGAGUGUGUGAGUCACCUGGCCACCAAGCUGUGCUCUGUGGUGGUCCUCCCAGGUAUGGCCCUGCCCAUGCGGACAUACCUCCAGAUAAAGGGCUGGGUGAGGCUGGGGCAGAGGAGGACAGCAUCCAGGCACUGCAUGGGCCUCAACAGGGCUCCGUUCAGGACCAGGGUGGGCGACACGGUCCUGGUGGACGGCUUCACCCUCCCCAAGAUGUCCUCCAAGCCCAGGAGGAGUGAGGCCAAGGCGGGUAUCAGGGUGAUGUCCACAGCCUCUCGACGUUUGACCCCCAUCAACUGCCCAUCUCAUGUAUCCUGCCCGCUCCGCGCCCUGGCAUCCCAGGAUAAACCUCUUCAACUACCGAAGCUACACCCUGUGGCCACGAGGGAUGAAAGAGAGAAGAAGAGGGGAUGUGGAGGGAAGGGAUGUGAGGAGGAUGAGAUUGGGGAUCAGAACAGCAACCAAUGGAGGAGCAGAGUUCCGCUCCCGCCCAUUUCUAGAGACACCAAUCUCAGACCUGUGUUUGCCUCGCCAAACUCCGCCCAGAUACUCACCACCUCACUGGAGGCCUUUUCUCUCCACUGCGACCGCACACCCAGAGAAAACGCCAUAUACUGUUUGGCCUUGGCCAGUGCCUUCACACAGAGACCAUGGUUGCAGCAGCUGAAUGUAGCGUGGACUCUGGCCAGGAGGAGUGCUCAGCACAUUGGGUAGACACCAGGAUCCUGGUCAUUAGACUGCUGAACAGCUUCUACACCCAAGUCAUUAGACUGCUGAACAGCAUCUACCCCAAGCCAUUAGACUGCUGAACAGCUUCUACCCCCAAGUCAUUAGACUGCUGAACAGCGUCUACCCCCAAGUCAUUAGACUGCUGAACAGCUUCUACCCCCAAGUCAUUAGACUGCUGAACAGCUUCUACCCCCAAGUCAUUAGACUGCUGAACAGCUUCUACCCCCAAGUCAUUAGACUGCUGAACAGCUUCUACCCCCAAGUCAUUAGACUGCUGAACAGCU